GUUUUAUUUCUCAAAGAUUACAGUUUCGCAGUGCUUGGUGUAAACCCGCACUGAAUUGCACUGCUAAAACAAUGGGUUACAAAUUAUUAAAGAAAUACAUAAAUUAUUAAUAAAAUAAUUAAUAACAUAAAUUAUUAAUAAGAUAACCUCUGAGUAGACAUUGUCAGAGGUUAAAUACAUAGGUUAAAUACAUAUCGUGCAUACAGAUUUCAAUAAGCCUAUUAUUAAUACAUUAUUAUUGAUGACUUGUCAUAAAUGUGUAUAUUCAAACAUAUUAGUUCGGCAUUGCAUAGUGCUGGUUGAACUAUUUUGGGGGACUAGAAAUUUAAUAUUAGCAAUCAUUGAUACAUUCGAGUCAGGGCCGUUGUAAAAAACAUUAUGAGAAAAUAAUCUCCAAUUAUUGAUGAAUUCUCGUAUCAUGCAAUGGUUGAGACCAUACGUCAAAAUCUAAUACGUUCAAGGUGAUAAUUCAGGUCAGGUAAAGAUCUUUACAUAAGAAUUAAAAUCUAAUGAAUUUCUUCUCCCAAACUUAACAUAUGUGCAUUACAACAUAUUUGAAUCGAAACUGCAAAUACUGGUUGCAUUAUUGUUGAAGAGUGUUACAAGAUAGGGUAUGGGACUAUUCCUGUAACGAUUAGUUCGUGUUUUAAUAGUGUCCAAUAGGCUGCUGUUUCUUGUUCUUCUACCACUGACGUCUCCCCGGAAGGGGGGUAGCCAAUUCCGGUAGGACUCAGACUGUACAUGUAGUAGUCUUCUUGCGAAUGUCUGACAAAGGUGUUCACGUCUUUGCUGUAGUGUCAUGAGGCAUAGCGUGUUGCAAGCGUCAGUAUAGGUUGUGUAGUCAGGCCCAAGGAUGAUUCGAAAAGCCCUUCGCUGUAUUCUUUCCAGUUGACGUCUUUGGGACUGUGUAAUGGCUGGUUGCCAAACUGGGACAGCGUACUCACAAGAUUUGGGCGUCAAAUGUGACUUUAAAUUUGGGUGGUAUCCCAUGCUGCACUGCGGGCAUCAUGGCGGCGGUAAGCAAGGCUCUGGCGUCUGUAGACGAUUGAAACACAGAAUUCAGCCGAGAUUAGCGUCUGAUGGAGGUUUGAAGGCUAACAGAGUCUGCAUCAGGAGUGUCCAGUUCACCAUCAGGAGUUUGUCUGUAGUGUAGAUCUGCCUCAGCUGUUUGUUUGUUUGUUUGUUUGUCCAUCAUGUCGACGGGAUCGUCUGACAAGUCCUCGGACCCUCCGACUCCCCAGUCCCCCGGGCCAGACCCAGUCCACGAUCUGCCGGAGGAGGUGCUCAGGGCGGGUUGGCGCCGGUUCUGGAGUAAGCGAGAGAAGAGAUGGUACUUCUUCAACAAGAUGACAGGAGAGUCUCUGUGGGAGAUGCCGGUGGUCCACAAGUCUCCACAUAACGGGGUGCCAGGAUCAGACAGGGUGACGGAUCCUCUUGGCAUCAGCGUCCCGGACACUCCAACGGACGUGCGCUCGCCGCCGCCCUUUGACCUGAAGCGGAGGCGCGACUCGGAGGCCAGCGUCACGAGCCUCGGGUCCAUGAGCCCCAGCAAGAAGAUGAAGCUGGAGGGACCCGUUUAUUGGAACUUCGAGAUCCCGAGUAACGCUAUCAUCUUCGAGCACCCCCCCUGCACCAUGCCCCCCGUGCACCCAGAGGCAGAGUCUUACCGAGCACAACUCACCAACAAGCUACGGUCACAGUACCAGGAACUGUGUCAGACCAGAGAAGGAAUCGACGCCCCGCGGGAGUCCUUCAACCGCUGGAUCCUGGAGCGAAAGGUCACGGAUCGGGGCAAUGACCCCAUGUUACCUACGAACUGCGCAAACGAGAUUUCUGCGUCCAUGUACCGGGAGAUCAUGAGCGACAUCCCAGUCCGCGGCUGUCGGCUCAGACAUCCUGUCGAGGCGCGGAAGUACGUCUUCAAGUACGCAGAGGCCGCGAAGAAGAUGGUCGAAUCCAGAAACUGCUCGUCUGACAGCCGUAAGAUAGUGAAGUGGAGUGUGGAGGAUAUCAUGCAGUGGCUCCGCCGGCAGAACAACGCUACCCUGGAGGACUAUCAGGAGCGACUGACUCACCUGAAGACCCAGUGUGGUCCUCACCUGACGGAGGCGGCCAAGUCUUCCGUGGAGGGAAUCUGCCAGAAGAUCUACCACCUGUCCUGCGAGUCGGCCAAGAAGAUCUACGACAAGCACUGGGAGAUCCUCAAGGAACACGGCAUCGAAGAGAUCCAGCGUAAGUUUGAGGUACACAAGCGUCGGGUGCAGUGUUACCAGAUCCACAUGGUGGUCUCGUGUCCUCGCCUGCCCUCCAUCUCCUACCACGUGGAGAACAACGUCGGCUGUCUCAGGUUCAAGGGCGAGGUCCUCUCACUCAACCAGAACUACCUACAGAAACUGGAGCAUCUCUACCGUCUGCACUGCCGAGACGACCGCCCAUUGGAGAACUUCCUGCCCAGAGUCUGGUGCCUGCUGAGGAGAUACCAGACUUUGUUCGGGUCCAGUCCAAACGAGGGGACGGGUCUCCAGGGCGCUCUGCCUGUUCCCGUCUUCGAGGCGCUGCACAAGUACUUCGGCGUGACCUUUGAACUGUUCGCCUCGCCGCUGAACUGCUACUUCCGACAGUACUGUUCCGCCUUCCCCGACACGGACGGGUACUUUGGCUCCAGAGGGCCUGUACUUGACUUCCACCCUGUGUCGGGGUCAUUCGAGGCCAACCCUCCAUUCAGUGAAGAACUCCUCAACGCCAUGGCAGAACACUUUGAGCGUCUCCUGGCAACGUCCUCGGAGCCGCUGUCGUUUCUCGUGUUCAUCCCCGAGUGGAGAGAACCGCCCAUCCCAGCGCUGCUCAAGAUGGAGAACAGCAUAUUCAAGAGAAAGACAUUGGUGGUGCCAGCCUAUGAGCAUGAGUACAGAAGUGGCCUCCAACAUGUGUGCUCUGGGAGUGACCUGUACUUCAAGUCUGUGCACGGCACCCUGGUCCUGAUUCUGCAGAACGAAGCAGGCUUCGCCAAGUGGGGGCCGACGGACGAGCGGGUGAAAGGUCUUCUUGACGCGUACCGCCCGCAGGGCAACCCCUCCCCAAGCACCUCCUCCGAGGGAAGGCGCGACUCGGUCGACGGGAAAAACGCCACAGAGUCCAGAAGUAACUCCAAGGACGAGAAGAGAUGAGCUUGCACAGCCCUGUUAGCUCAAUGGUAUGGUCCUGCUCGAAUGGGUUUUCCCCAUCACGUCGG